AUGAGCCCUGUGCUCGAGUCGCGCAUCCUUGCAUCGCACGCAUUGCUGGACGCUGCAGCGAUCGGCGACCUCCACGCGCUCAGCCGCAUCAUCCUCGCGUCCACAGCACCACCACUCCAACCACCACUCCAACCACCACUCCAACCAUCAUCGUCAACAUCAUCCCAAGCACCACAAGCACCACAAGUGUCGCAUGCAGCCUCAUCGCAGGCAGGCACACCCGUCGAAUCUGCGAGAUCUCCACACAUUCGACUCGUCGUCGCGCUUCCAGCACAGCAGCAGCAACAACAGAACUCCAUCCCGAGCUACUUGCAGCGACCUCGUUCUGCUGCUGCUGCUGCUGCUGCUGCUGCUGCUGCGUCGGUCGAGUCGGUCGCAGUGGUCUGCUCGGAAGCCCUGCCUGUGAUCCUCCGUCUCGCUGCGGCACUCGCGACCACCACUCCAGUGACCUCAACCACGGUCGCCAACAGCAUAAACAGUAGUAUUAGCAGUAGUCAUAACAGUAAUAGCAAUGGCACGAAUCAUCAUAGGCAGAGACACCGACCGCCAUCCCCGCCAACGCCAAUGGUCGCCCAGCCAAGGCUACAUGGACAAGGAAGGCAGUCCAAGUCAACCAUGAUGAUGGAACGGCCAGACAAGGCGGAAGCUCUGACGUCGAGUUCCGACGUUGCUGGAUUAUUGCAACAGCUCGUUGCUGCGACUUCACGAAAUUCCACGCUCGCAAUCGUGAGCUCGGGCCAUGCAUCGUCAAGCACAUCGCUCGUACUCGCUCCAGAGCCAGUGCGCGCUAUCCCUGCAGCAAUAGCAGCGCCCACUCCAGAACCAAGAUCUGCCACUCCGGUUCGUACUGUCACACCGCCCGUCACUCCGACGCCAAUGUCUCCCAACGAUACGCCGAAUCUCCCUGCCGCCAUCAACGGAGUGACUGCAUUGCAUGUGGCAGCCGCCACCAACCGACUUGCUAUUAUGAAUGUGCUCUUGUCGCACGCGAAAUGGCUCGCUGCAGAGCAAGACCAGUUUGGCAACACUCCACUCCACCUGGCCGCGGUUACUGGGCAUCUUGCGGUGGUGGAGCGGUUGCUGCAGGAGUCUGGCACCAACAUCAAUGCUGCCAACGCCCUCGGCCGCACGGCGUUGCACUUUGCCGCCGCCAACGGCUGGCACAUGCUCAUUCCAGCCUUGCACCAACACGGCGCUCAUCUCGACGCUCGCGAUGGCAACCACCGAACGCCACUGUUUGUUGCGCUGCUCGCGGGUCAGACUGCCGUGGCCGAGCAGCUCAUUGCGUGUGGUGCCGAUGUCCACGCCUGCGACAAUCUCGGAGCCACGCCGCUUCUGUACGCUGUGACGGGCCGGAGGCUGGAACCGCUCAUCCAGCUGUUGUUGGACCGCGGUGCAGACACAAACGCAAAGGACAUGCGCGGAUUCACCCCGCUUUCAACCGCCGUGUCGAACAACCUGCCCGGCGCCGUUUCCCGCCUCCUGCAAGGCGGCGCCAAUCCAAACUUACCCGGUCAUAUGGGUCGUACUGCACUCAACCGUGCGUGCACUUUGGGCCAAGUGGAGAUUGCACAUGCGCUCCUUGAAGCAGGGGCAAACCCGGCGAUUGCCAGUGACGCUGGCGAAACCCCUCUCCAUGCUGCGGCGCUCAAUGGCUCGAUUCCGCUUGUGGAAGCGCUGCUUCGGCACGGAGCCCCGCUUGAUUGCUUGGCCGCGAACGGUAAAUCGCCGUUGCACAUGGCUUGCAUCAAUGAGAACGGCUCGCCUGUGGUCUCGCUGCUGGUCGAAGCAGGGGCAAACGUCAACGCUGUGACACGUGAUGGCGAAACACCGCUUGCUAUUGCCGCCUCGAAUGGAUGCCGUGCAACGGUUGAUCGACUCUUGAAGGCCGACACCAUUCGGCUUGAUGCGUUCGCGCGGAAUGGAUGCACGGCGUUGCAUCUCGCCCUCUUGCAUCGGCACGAGUUUAUCGCCUUGUCCUUGAUCAACGCCGGCGCUGGCAUUGACUUUCCCGACUCGAAUGGCCUUCUCCCUCUGCACCAUGCCGCCGCGGCUGGAUUUCACCGUGCAGUGACCCUUUUGACAACCCGCUCCAACAACGCCGAUAUCAACACCCGCGACAGGCUUCAUGGCUGGACGCCGCUGCUCCAUUCGGCCAAGUGCGAGUCCGACAAGCCUCUCAAGAUGCUGCUGUUUGCACCAGGCGUAGACCGACACGUGCGAGAUGCGCAGGGGCACGAUGCGCUCUUCAUUGCUUCGCAGCACGGCCGCCACCAACACGUGCGACAACUCUUGUCGCAGGGGUUUCGCCCAGACUCGCCUGCGUCAACCACAGGGUUUAAUGCUCUGCACAUUGCUGUUCUUCACAACCAUCUUGACGUGCUGAAUGAGCUGCUGGUGCGCAAACCCCGACUCGACUUGAAGACGGACGCCGGUGCAACUCCCCUGCACAUUGCAGCACACUCGCGGUCUGUGAAUGCGGUCGCCUCACUGCUUUCUGCUGCCGCGGGCCAGCAGAAAUCCAGCUCAAACCCUGUGCUUCCAGAGCUGGUCGAUGCGGUCGACGCGACGGGAUGUACUGCCCUUCACUACAGCUGCUUUUUUGGGCAAGAGCGUGCAGCAGCCUUGUUGCUGGAGUACGGUGCAAGCGUUCAUUUGGUCAACAGCAAGCAGCAAUCCGUGCUGCACAGUGCAUGCCGCGCCUUGGAUGCCGCCGCGUGCAGUCCCAAGGGGUCGUCGGCGCCAGCAGUGUCUGAACGGGAUGUGCUCCGCAUCAUUGUCCUACUCAUCUCGGCAGGUGUCGACUACGCAGCCAAGGAUGUGUAUCAGAAAACAGCAUUCGACUACUGCGACCCUGCCUUUGUGCGCGAUCGGCUGGGCCCUGCUCUUCAAGAGCUGCAAGAGUCUCAAUCUCGAACCGACAAGACCGAGUUUGAGAUGCAGCCGCAAUCACCGGAAAGUUUCUCGGCAGCACCAGCAUUUUCAUCGCUUCCUCAUCACACCAGCAGCGGCAGCGGCAGCAGCAGCAGCAGCGCUUCACCGCUGGUAGUGUCGUAUCGCCACUUUUCCACGACUGCGGCGUCGCGCGGGGCUCACGCGUUGAACUUUGACUUGUUAGCUACCCACAAGGCGUCACCAGCAAGGCAUCAGUUUCUUCAUCCGCGCGGGCGGUCGGCUGCAGUGUCGAGCCCAGCCGAGUCGGUGUUGUCCUUGGCUGCUCCAAGCACCAGCGGCCCCACGUCCCUCCCGCUUGCAACCUGCCACACACUCGUUCGCGCUUUUGGCAGCAGUGCGCUUCGUGCUGCUGCCUCGCACAUGCUGCCAACACGGCAAGAUAGCAUUUUGCGCAAGCUCGACUUUCCGACCUCGAUCGUGCUCCUGUCCUUCCUCACUCCCGCUCGCUACAAGUCCUAUGGCUGGGCCAUGCAGGUGCUUCGCAGCCGUCGUUGAAUUUGUGGCCGAGUGUGUGUGUGUGUCGCAUCAUCUUCUUCUUCUUUUACAGCUCUUUCUUUUAAGUUAUUGAUGGAGAAUACAUUACUUGC